GUGCAUUGUAUGAGUAAAAAUUUAUGCCCUGGUUAUUUUUCAGAUGAACUUUUCUGAAUUGCUGUCUAGUUAGCCUGAACUGAAGUUCUUUAUUCAUGUCCUUGAUCAAUCAUCCAGAGAAAGUACGUCGGUUGUACAAGACUAUCAGAAGACUCCAUCGAAGCCUUCCUGAAGACCUAAGAGUACUAGGAGAUGAAUAUGCCAAGGCAGAAUUCAAAGCGCAUAAGAAUGCUGAACCCCAGUUCGUGUCGACGUUCAUGACUGAGUGGUCAAGCUACGCUGUGCAGCUCAGCAAACAACUUGGCGUCCGUGGAGCACAUCUAGCCAAGCCUGUUGGCUCAAACCUGCAAGUUGAAAUGCUGGAUCUUUUCACUGAAGAGCAAUUGAGACAAUUAUUUCAGCUUUAUUCUGAAGCUAAAGGUGAUAAUGAGAUUGUUACCAAUGAUGAGAAAAGAUAGCAAUUAUUUCAAGAAUGUUAUGUAAAUAAAUGUUACCUAUGAAUUUAAUAGUACCGGUACGUGUUCUUCUCAAUGACAAGCAACUGGGACAAUUUUUUGAGGUUCAUUCUGAAGCAAAAGGUAAUGGGAUCAAUGAUGAGUAUGGGUUAAGAUUAAUUUAGGAUUGUUAUGUUUUAAGAUGUGAUUGAAUGCUAGGGAUCUUUUCACUGAAGAGCAGUCGAGACAAUUAUUUCAGCCGUAUUCUGAAGCUAAAGGUGAUGAUGAGAUUGUUACCAAUGAUGAGAAAAGGUGCAAUUAUUUCAUGAAUGUUAUGUUGUAGGGUAAAUAAAUGUUAGCUAUGAAUUUAAUACCUGUUCUUCUCAAUGACUUUUACAAGGUUCAUUCUGAAGCUAAAAAUAGUAGGAUCAAUGAUGAGUGUGGUUUAAGAUUACAGUAUAUAUAUUUCAAGAAUACCAUUAUGUUUUAACUUGACAUUGAAUGCUUUAUCUCUUUACUGAAGAGCAGAAGGAAAUUUAUUAUAGCCGAAUUUGAAGCUAAAUGUAGCAGGAUUAAUGAUGAGAAAGGGCAAAUAGUGUUUCAGGAUCAUUGUAUUCAAUUUCUUGAAGAUCAUCCACUAAAUUAUCGACACCAUUAUCAUGAAGCCUAUGCACAUAUUGUUGGCUCAUUAUGAAACUCGCAAUCUUACAAGAUUCUUUUUGUGAAAAAAAUCUCUUUUAUUGCAACUGUUGAAGUAGUACCUACGUGUUGAAAUUUUAUUAAGACAAAUGCAACUGAAGUGUGUAUUUUUCAGUGUUUGAAUAAAAGUCAAUUGCCUU